UUCGGACUGGGGAUGCUUCCUUGCAAGAAGGGAGCCCGUUGAAUUGCCUCGGUCAAUUUCGCGUCAUUCUCCCUUUGCUCCACGGACGUUCGCAGACCGCCGACCGAAUCCUGGCCCACCGGACGAAGCCAAGACCACUGCGGGGAGCCGAUCGAUGACCCUCGCGAUCUCGUCACAUCCAACUCCCAAUCAAUCAUGCUCCCUGUCCUCGCAUCUGCCCCGUCAACAUGGCUGCGGUGCCGCAGAGGACGCUCAACUGGCUCUACAGCGUCCUGAUCAGGGACCAUUACGAUUCCAGGCAGACCUACCAAGACCCCAACCGAACCUAUUACGACGUUGCCAACGUGUUGGCCCAGUACCCAUCUUUAUUCCCGCGGACAGAGGUGUACACCUACGAGACCGGUUUCUCCGCCCUCUUACUCCAACUCUCGGGGACCCUGCCAGUGACAUUUCGUGGCACCGUAUACAAAUUCCCGGUAGUGAUAUGGGUCCCCAAUACCUAUCCUCGCGAACCACCGAUCGUUUACGUGUCGCCGACUAAGGAUAUGGCUGUUCGAGUUGGGCAGCAUGUCACAUUGGAAGGGAGGGUCUAUCAUCAUUAUUUGGCACACUGGGCAGGGGCAUGGGAAAGAUCAUCGCUAGCUGACCUCGUCUCGAUACUCCGAGAGGUGUUCGCCAAGGAGCCGCCCGUCCAAUAUAAACAGCAACAACAGGUCCCUCUGCGACCUCAGCAGCCACAACAAGUACAAGCACCUCCACCUCGUCCUCCUCUCCCACCAGAGCUUGGAUCUCCAGCGCAUUCGUCUCCGACGACGCCUGGCGUGUCUUCUCCCCAGCCAGCAGCUCAGGCACCACCGCCUCCCCCGAAACCGGGGCAAAUAGUAUCUCCCGAGCAGCCUCAGCAAAGCACCACCGUACGGCAGCCCAACACCCCUCCUCCAAUUCCUCCACUUCCGCCAAAGGAGCAGGAUCUCCGAAGAAUAUCUCUUCAUCAGCAUGCGGGUAUUAGCAGUCCCGGGAGUGGACAAGCUCAAUAUGUUCCCGAGCGAGGUGGUGCACCACAAGGACCGUCGAGUCCAUAUUAUCAUCAUCAGCACCAGGCUCCCGUAACACAGCCAAUUCCGGCGCAUACGCAAGGUCCGGCUCAUCCUCCGCUUGGUAAUGGUGUCACUGCCCACCCUCUACCCCAGAAUGUACCUCCUAGGCCGCAACAGCAACAGCAACCGCCAUACAUCCCACCGCAGCAAGCUCCACCCCAACGUCCGAUGUAUCAGCCAGCAGGUGCACAGUAUCAGCAUCCACUACCUCAGUCAGCUGCUGGUCAUCCUGCCCCUCGCGCGUUCCAUCAAACUAUCCCCGUCGCGCAACCCGCAGCACAGCCGAAAAAAGAAACCCCCGAUCUCCUUACUUCGCCCUUCGAGCUGGAACUCCCCUCGAUUGCACCCACCGGCCCGGCGCCCCCGAUCCCUCCCAAUCCCGAGAAAGACGCUCUUCUGCAAGCCGUGUCAAAGACUCUGGCCGAAACCCUCCAGACCAACGUUGCGCAGUCUGAAACGGCCGCUCACUCCCUUAUUUCGCAAUCGCAGUCCCUGCAUGCCGCCGUUGCCACGCUGCAAGGCGAAAUCUCGUCACUGAACAACUUUAACGCAACACUGCAGUCCAACAGCUCUGUCCUGCAACAGUCUCUUCAUCGUGCCGACGGCGUCAUCGCGGACGCGCAGACCCGCAUCUCGUCAUCCACCGCGCAGUCCAGCUCAGACCCCGUCCCCUCCGGACUCCCUCCCAUCGACGACGUCCUUGUCGCCCCUACUGUCGUCGGCAAACAACUCUACGAUCUCGUCGCCGAGGAGCGUGGCAUCCAACAGGCCAUUUACGCUCUCCAGUCUGCCCUGGUCAAGGGAGUCAUCGGCGUUGAAACUUGGUCGCGACAUACUCGUGGCCUUGCGCGCGAAGCAUUCCUGAAACGCGCCCUGAUCCGUAAAAUCGGCAAGGGAAUGGGUCUCGAAGAACAUCCACACUUAUAGAUGGCAUCGUAUCUUGUGCGCGUCGUUUUCGGGUUGUCCGUGUGUCAAGUCUCCUAGAACUCGGGUCGUGGCAUUGGUCCUCGGAGUAGUUUGGCUACUUUACUUGUAUAUACCUGCCCCAUUUCCUCCAUCUACAGUUGGCCUUCUCAUUAAUUUUGUUCUUCC